AUGGCGAACGGCGAGAAGGACUGCGUCACUGACGUAGUGGUCCCUGAACCUCAGGAAAGUGAUGUCAUGCACGAAAGUGGAAGUUCCGACCAGAGCUCCGACGAUGCAGAACGUGGUGAACAAGAGAAGAUUAAUUUAAAUUCCAACUUAACUGCAAGAAUCAAAAACCCCCUCGCAGACAUACCAAAGUCUACCCUUAUGAGAGAUGUUAAGGAAUUCGCCCAAAGAUUCGGUUUGGAAGAUAUCCUCCCUACCCUGCAGAGGGGUGCUCUAGUGGCCAAAGAUCCGUCCAAUUUCGAGAAUGUCGAUGGCAUUACCGAAGACGAGGUCGAAGCUAUCCGGAACGAGGUCCUUCACAAAUGGCGUCAGCCUAAAGCCCUUCUUUUCACGAUUAUCAUGUGUUCGAUUGGUGCUGCUGUCCAGGGCUGGGAUCAAACGGGAUCAAACGGCGCCAAUCUGUCAUUCCCGCAGGAAUUCAACCUGAUCGAAGCAGACCACCCGGAUGCUGAGAGGAAUCAGUGGAUUGUUGGUCUCGUUAAUGCUGGUUGCUGGUGCUCCGAUCCUCUCAACUUCUACUUUGGUCGUCGAGGGGCGAUCUUCGUUUCUGCUGUCUUCUGCGUUCUCACUCCCAUAGGUUCCGCUAUGUCUCAAAGCUGGCCUCAGCUUCUGAUCGCCCGUUUGCUCAUGGGAAUUGGAAUGGGUGCCAAAGCAUCCACGAUACCCAUCUUCUGUGCCGAAAACACUCCUGCGUCUAUUCGCGGUGGCCUUGUGAUGUGUUGGCAGCUUUGGACCGCCUUCGGCAUUUUGCUUGGCUUCAGUGCCAAUCUUAUUGUAAAAGAUACCGGUAACAUCUCCUGGAGACUGCAACUGGGAUCAGCGUUCAUCCCAGCUGUCCCUCUUGCCUUUGGAGUAUAUUUUUGCCCUGAGUCCCCGCGAUGGUAUAUCAAGAAAGGGAGAAUCAACAAGGCAUACGAAUCCCUGCUUUCCCUUCGAAACCACCCAAUUCAGGCCGCGCGAGACUUGUAUUACAUGCACAGCCAGAUCCAAAUUGAAGAGGCAGUUGUUGGCAAGAGCAAUUACGUCACUCGCUUUUUCCAAUUGUUCACUGUUCCCCGCGUUCGUCGCGCAACCCUUGCAUCGUUCGUGGUUAUGAUUUCGCAGCAGAUGUGCGGUAUCAACACAAUGGCAUUCUACUCAUCGACCAUUUUCAAACAGGCAAGCGCCUCUGUUACGGAGUCGUUGCUCGCGUCGUUUGGUUUCGGUUUGGUCAACUUCGUUUUCGCGUUCCCGGCGGUCUGGACCAUUGACACAUAUGGACGACGUGCGCUCUUGCUCUUCACUUUCCCACAGAUGGCGUGGACGAUGCUUGCUGGUGGCCUUGCAUUUUAUAUCCCAGAAAGCAGUCCAGCUCAUCUUGGUGUCGUUGCUUUCUUCAUAUACUUGUUUGCUGCCUUCUACUCCCCCGGAGAAGGCCCCGUCCCCUUUACCUACUCUGCUGAGGUCUUUCCUUUAUCCCAUCGAGAGGUCGGAAUGGCGUGGGCAGUAGCAACAUGCCUAUUCUGGGCGGCUGUGCUCUCAAUCACAUUCCCCCGACAGUUCCGCGCCCUGACCCCCACAGGUGCCCUUGCGUUCUAUGCCGCCAUGAAUGUCUGCGCCUUCUUCAUGAUCCUCCUCUGUGUCCCCGAAACCAAACAACGAACCCUGGAGGAAUUAGAUUAUAUUUUCGCCGUUCCCACGCGCAGGCAUAUGAGCUACCAGCUCUUCACUGCUGUUCCGUAUUGGUUCAAGCGCUACAUCUUCCGCAUGAAUGUUAAACUGGAGCCGCUGUACCAUUUCGAGAAGCUUGGGCAGGACGAGAAUUGUAUCAAUGAAAUUCGCAGGCGGAGAGAGGAGAUUGCGCAGUCGCGGAAUGCGAACGUUUUGAAGGAAAAGGGAAAAGAGAAGGAUGAUUUAAAUCGAGUUUGA